UGAAACCAUCAUUCGCGCCCCAGGUAGCAACGUUUGACAGCGAUUGCUGUAUUUCGUCGGUUUUAGAGCGAAUAGUUGCGUUUUGCAGCCUUCUGUGUGAUCGGUUACUGCUCUAGACAUAAUGGAGUUCGCUUAUGUUGCUAAUUGAGAAAGAAAGUGUGCAGCGUUGUCUCGUUAUAACCGCGUAGUUUUGCCGGCGAAGGUGCGCGUUUUUGAUAGGGCGAACAUGUCGAGCAGCGCAGCGACCAGUUUCAUCGACCAGCUCAAGCUUCUUUACGACAACAAGCUGUACUCUAAUGUCACGGCUCUGUUUAGCUUGGCACACCCAAUCGGCACCCACUGCUCCGACUUCAUGACGGUGUCGGCCAAGUUUCAGAGUUACGUGUACUGCGGGGAUGCCUACGUGCAGCUAGGAGACUUCAAGAGAGCCGAGGCACUCUAUCAGAAGGCUAUUCAGUUGAAGAAGUCUGCGGCCAAGGCGAAGGGCAAGGGACCAGCUUCAAUAAUAUCUGGAGACGUCACACCCGAGAACGACAUCAAGUAUCAGGUUCACGUCUGCCACGUCAAUAUGAAACAGCCCAACGAAGCGAUUUCUGCGUUGGAGAGCAUUCCAGGAAAGCAACGCAGCAGCCGGGUAAACAUGGCCCUGGGGCAGUUGUAUCAGCAGAGCGGCAACGAGCGCUCAGCCAUCACCUGCUACCGCGAGGUGCUCAAGGAGUGUCCUCUUGCUUUGGAAGCUGCCAAGGGUCUUCUGGAGCUGGGAGUCAAGGCUGGAGAGGUGGCUGCACUGGUGCUGCACCCUGGAGGCUCCAGUGGCUCUUCUCUGCCACCACACAUGGAAUGGCUUGGGCAGUGGAUCAAGGCAAAUGCAUACCUCCACUCCCGGGAGUACUCGUCUAGCAUCACCAACUUCAAGCAGCUUGAAGCCAGGCCACAGCUCUCGGAUAACGUGGAGAUCCUGGCGUCGCUAGGGGAGGCUUACUACCACACAGGAGACUAUACGAAUGCUACAGCCACAUUGGAGAGGGUGCACAGUCUGGAUCCGCACCUGCUGCGAGGCAUGGACGUGUACGCAGCCCUGCUGGCUAAGGAGAAGAAAGUCAAAGAGCUUGAGUCGCUCUCAUCGCAGCUCAUGUCGGUGAACAGCAGGAGUCCUGAGCCAUGGGUCGUGAUGGCCUACCUCUGCUACGUCACCAAGAAGGGCAACCGAGCCAUCUACUUUUCUCAAAAGGCAUGUACGCUGAACCCUCGCCAUGUGGAGGCUCUUCUGCUGAAGGGCACAGUGUUGUUGGAAGUGCAAAAGGUGCACGAAGCCAUCGCCCACUUCAGCGAAGUGUUCAAGGUGGCACCUCACCGGCUUGAGGCCUACAAAGGCAUGGUGGACUGCUACCUGGCUCAGCUGCGGAACAACGAUGCAGCGACACUCGCCAGCAAUGCCUGCAAGCACUUAGGCCACACCCCCCGGGCGCUCACACUGUACGCGAGUGUGCUGAUGAAAAGCCCGAUGAGCCUGGAGAAGGCCAAGGUGUGCCUGGAGAAAGCGCUCAAACAGGAGCCCACCCACCUGCCGGCCGUGUACCUGCUGGCUGAGAUAUACGACCAACAGCGCGCCUACGACCGAGGAAUACAACUCCUGCAGAAGCACCUGGAGAGCCAGAGCACCUGCCGGCUACACCAGAUGCUGGGCGACUUCUACGCUCGGACUGGUGAACACGACAAGGCCCUGCAGCAUUUUGGAAUCGCCCUAAACCUAGACCCAAGCAAUGCAAGUGCACGGAGGGGCACGCGCAGGGUGGAACAGAGGCCCGAAAAUGUGGAGCCUGGCUACGACAUGGACGUUGACGAGAUAGUGGAGUCUGACGUCGAGAAUGAACUGGAAGAAAGUGAAGUGGAAGCCGUGUGGUCGGACGUUGAGUACUCUUAUAAUUGAGGAACACUCACAGACAUUGUAGUAAAAGAAGUGUUGUUAGCUAGUGUGUCACGUGCAUUUAUGGGAAUCAUGUGUGCACCGUGUGGAUUAGUGGGGAAAUCCGCAUUGAGGAAAUCUGCCAUCUUCACUGCCCACAGCACACAUUGUGAGUUCAAGAUUAUGUAAGGACCGACUCUGGUCCAUUGACCUGUGAGUCUGACUUUGCGUGUAUCUUUUGACUUCACAAGAGAUAUAAAGGUCUCACUGCAAGAGU